AUGGUACUUGAUUCUAGGGUUGAUAUUGAUGUUAACCCUAAGGAUGAGUGCAAAGCUAUUCUGAUAAGCCAUAAAAGGAAGGCAAAAGGGGAGCCAAUUGAUUUUGAGAACAAUGAAAAAGGAGAUGAGGAGAUGAUGAGUGCUAAUGAAGUCAAUAAGAAAGGAAGCAGUAAGGAUGAAAUUGAACUCACUGAUGAAGAAGAGGAUCCUGAAGAAGACGUUAUUGAGCCAGAAAAGGAAGAAGGAGUUGAAUACACUGAAGAAGAAGAGGAGUUUUGGCGGUGGCGGUGCAGCGGUAGCAGCGAUGAGGGUGGUGGUGGUGGUGGUGGUGGUUGUGGCGGUGGCACUGAUGGCAAUUUCUGCAACAGUGGUGGUGGUGGUUGCGAUGACGUUGGUGGUGGUUGUGGUGGUGGUGGCGGGGGCGUUGGUAGUGGUUGUGGUGGCGGCAGUGGCAGUGGUGGUUGUUGUGGUGGUGGCGGUGGUGGUGGUUGUUGUGGCGGUUGUGGUGGAGGUGGCAGUGGUGAUGGCGAUUACGGUUGUGGUGGUGGUGGGAGUGGUGAUGGCGGUGGCGGUGGUGGGGGUGGUGGUGAUAGUGGUAGCGGUGGUGGCGACCACAGUGGUGGAUGUGAUGGUUGCGGCAGUGGCGGCGACGUUUGUGGUGGUGGUGGUGGAUUUAGUUGUGGUGGUAGUACUAGUGGUAGGAGUGGUGGUGACGGCGAAAGUGGUGAUUGUUGUGGUGGUUGUAUGGGUGGUGGUGGUUGCGGCGGCGAUGGUGGUGGUGAUAGGGGUUUUGGAGCCGGUGGUGGUUGUGGUGUGGUGGUGGUGGUUUUGGGGUGUGGGAGUGGUGAUGGCGGUGGCGGUGGUGGGGGUAGUGGGGACAGUGGUAGAGGUGGUGGCAGCGACGGUGGUGGAUGUGAUGGUUGCGGCAGUGGCGGCGACGUUUGUGGUGCUAGUGCUGGAUUUGGUUGUGGUGGUAGUACUGGUGGUAGGAGUGGUGGUGACGGCGACAGUGGUGGUGAUAGGGGUUUUGGAGGCGGUGGUGGUUUUGGUGUGGUGGUGGUGGAUGUGGUGGUGGCGGCGGCGGCGGUGGUGGUGCUGGCAGUGGCGGUGGCGGUGCAGCGUGGCGCCGAUGACAAUUUCUGCGACAAUGGUGGUGGUGGUUGUGGUGACGUUGGUGGUGAUUGUGGUGGUGGUGGCGGCGGCGUUGGCAGUGGUGGUGGAAGCGGAGGUGGUGGUGGUUGUGGUGGUGGUGGUGGGAGUGGUGCUGGCGGAGGCGGUGGUGGGGAUGAUGGUGACAGUGGCAGCGAUGGUGGCGGCGACGAUGGUGGAUGUGAUGGUUGCGGCAGUGGUGGCGACGUUUGUGGUGGUGGUGGUGGAUUUGGUUGUGGUGGUAGUAGUGGUGGUAGGAGUGGUGGUGACCACGAAAGUGGUGAUUGUUGUUGUGGUUGUGUGGGUGGUGGUUGUUGCGGCGGCAACAGUGGUGGUUAUAGUGGUUUUGAAGGUGGUGGUGGUUAUGGUGUGGUGGUAGUGGUUGUGGUGGUGGCAGUGGUUGUGGUGGUGGUGCUAGUGGCUGAUGACUUAGGUCAUGGACCCAUUACUAGAAGUAUGGCAAGGAAGCUUCAACAAGAAUUGGAAGACAUGGGCACAACUGGGCAGGUUCUUUUCCUUCCCUUUGCAUGGAAUAUAAAGACUCAAGACAAAGGGGCUGAAUUGUCAAAUUGA